AUAAAAAUUUCUCACUGGAGAUUAAACACCAUAACUCCUAAAAAUAUGUCGAUGAGAAUCAUUCCUGCAUUAGAUGAUUUUCACACACCUAAUACUGACAAGGAAAAUCAAAACGCUAUAAUACCAGAUACUGAUAUUAUGAUCGAGUUGCCUCGAUCUUCCUCUUCAGAAAAGCGAGAAGACCAUAGUCAUGCUCUUCUCGCUUUCAUUGGACUAAGAUUCAUAUUAUCCUCAAUGCUAACGAGGAUUCAUGCAGGCUAUUUCAGAAUAAGCUUAUCUUUAUGUUGGGAAACUUUAUUAUGGAAAACACUACUUGACCCAACCAAUAAUGAAACAAAAUUCUUACGUCAUGUGCCUCAAAUGAUCUAUCGUCCCAUUCUAAUUUUCCUAUGGUCAUUUGCACUAUUGGUUCUAGUUUUGCUUUCUUUACUCUAUCUCUUGAGGUGCUUCUUUCGAUUUAAUUUGGUUAAGGGAGAGUUCGUGCACCAUGUUGGAGUCAAUUACCUUUUUGCCCCUUGGAUUUCUUGGCUUAUAUUACUUGAAUCCCACCCUUUUAUAGCACCAAAACACGUUGGUUUUAAAGCUCUUUGGUGGGUUUUUGCAGUUCCGGUCAUAGUUUUAGACGUGAAAAUUUAUGGACAAUGGUUCACUAAGGGAAAGAGGCUUUUAACAGCCGUGGCUAACCCUACGAGCCACUUAUCGGUCAUUGGGAACUUAGUCGGGGCUCGAGCCGCGGCUAAAAUGGGCUGGCAAGAGGUUUCUGUUUGCUUAUUUUCAUUAGGGAUGGUUCAUUAUUUGGUGCUUUUUGUGACGUUAUAUCAACGAUUAUCAGGAAGUGAUCGGCUUCCAGCUAUGUUGCGACCAGUUUUCUUCUUAUUUUUUGCAGCUCCAAGUAUGGCUAGCUUGGCUUGGGCAUCAAUUACUGGAAGCUUCGAUACUGCGUCAAAGAUGCUCUUCUUUCUCUCGUUAUUCCUCUUUACGUCACUGAUAUGCAGGCCAACUCUCUUCAAGAAAUCAAUGAGAAAAUUCAACGUAGCAUGGUGGGCAUACUCAUAUCCAGUAACACUAUUAGCUUUGGCUUCCACAAGAUAUGCAAAAGAGGUCAAAGGAAAAGUGCCACACACCAUAAUGCUCAUUCUUUCAUCCCUCUCUGUUCUUGUUAUUAUUGCCCUCUUGUUAUCCACUGCUCUCUACUCUAAAAUGCUCUUACCUGAUGAAGAUCCUUCUCUCACUGCUAAGCUACCCAAACAAUCUUCACGAAUUGUUUGAUCAAAGGCGUAUUCAAAAUUUUAAAUUAAUACAGUAAAGUAGAUAUUAGCAAAAUAUGUAUUGUGAAAGACAAUGAGCGCGUCCCAUUCGCUAUCAGACUGUUACAGAGUUAAUUUAAUGGUCUCCAGCACAGGGCCAGCAGGAGUCUUUAUAUAUAUGAGUCUAUCCUAUGUAUUAUAUUAACUGAAUAAGCUUAAGGCUGGUAGCUAGCAGUCAUUAUAUUGUUUACUUGCCAAUUUGCCAUAACUAGUCUAUAUCUGUCGAGUUUAGACAUUGUAUUCAAAUAUUAUUUGGGUUUCCAUGUACUACUUUAUAGUGAUUUUUAAUUAAUAAA